UCGGGGGGGCUCGGGGGGGCCCCAUUCCCGGGCUCCCUCCCUCCGGCCCUGUCCGGCCGUCCGUCCGUCCAUCCGUCGGAGCGUGUCCAAGUGGGAGGCCCGUGGGGGCCGCGGCCUGCUCCUUGGCCGGUCCCUGGCCGGUCCCUGGCCGGUCCCGGGGCCCGAAGCGGACAUGAGGCUGGCAGGCCCCCUCCGGAUUGUGGUCAUCGUCCUCACGGCUGGGCUCAUCUGGAUCCUGGUCAGCAUCUUGCUGGGAACCCAGAGUGGCUUGUCACGUAUCCAGCAACUCCUUGCCAAUCCCGAGAACCCACCCUCGGCAGUGUCAGGAAAGGGAAGCUCUGAGUGGCCCCCCCAACCCAGCCCGGCCACGGCCAAGACUAGCAGCAGCAGCAGAAGCAGCAACGGCGUCAGCCGCGGACACAACAAGCCCAGGCCCAGGAAAUACAAGUGCGGCCUGCCCCAGCCCUGUCCUGAGCAGCAUUUUGCCUUCCGGGUGGUCAGCGGAGCUGCCAACGUCAUUGGCCCCAAGAUCUGCCUUGAAGAUAAAAUGUUAAUGAGCAGUGUGAAGAACAAUGUCGGGCGGGGGCUGAACAUCGCCCUGGUGAAUGGGGUCAACGGGGAGCUCAUCGAUGCCAAGUUCUUUGACAUGUGGGCCGGCGAUGUUAGCGAUCUGCUGAAAUUCAUCCGGCCGCUCCACGAGGGGACCCUGGUCUUCGUCGCUUCCUAUGACGACCCAGCAACCAAGAUGAACGAGGAAACGAGGAAAAUCUUCAGUGAGUUGGGCAGCACCAACGUCAAGGAACUCGCCUUCCGGGACAGUUGGGUAUUUGUGGGGGCCAAAGGAGUCCAGGAUAAAAGCCCAUUUGAGCAGCACGUGAAGAACAGCAAGAGCUCCAACAAGUAUGAGGGGUGGCCAGAGGCUCUGGAGAUGGAAGGCUGCAUCCCGCAGAGGACGGCCAUCGUGCAGUGAGCCGAGCCGGACGGAAACCUCCGAGGCCUCCCUCCGCUUCCUCUCGGCUGCGGGGUGGAGGAGAGUGUCUGCUGCUAGCCUGCCCUCCCUCCCUCCCGUCCUGCGCUCCGUAAGGCCCGGGGCUCUGGACCUUGGGGUGCGGUCUCGUUGGAAGGAAGGGUUAGUAGUGGCAGGCCGUACCCUGUGUCUGGGCCCACCUUGCCGGCUCCCCGAGGAAGAUUCGAGGCAGGCGCAGGCCCAGCUCUCUUAUUUCUCUUUCAAUUGUCACUGCGCAGCGUGUGCCGAGCCCAGUCUGCCCCUCCUUAUUUAUUUGGCCUUCCCGGUGUCUCCGUUCCCUUUCGGAAAAUGGUGGCACGGGGUGGGGGCGGCUCCGCCCUGGGCUCUCCCGGAGAAGUCGGAUGCCCGGGAUUCGUCCCUCGGGUGAUGCCGGGAACUGGGCAAUAAAACCCUUUUCUGAAGUCUUCUCUCCUCCCCUCCCCCUUCCUUCCCAGUGCCUUACUUCCUGUGGGAGCUCUUAGCAACCUUCUUAAACCAAAAUCAAGUCAUUUGGGCUCUGAGGGACCGAAUGUAAAAGAAAUCCUGGGGAGGGUGGGGUCAGAGGAGGAGGGUGGCCUCUAACAGACCUUGAUCUUCUCACGUAUUCAUUCAUUCAAUCGUAUUUAUUGAGCGCUUACUGUGUGCAGAGCACUGUACUAAGCGCUUGGGAAGUACAAGUCGGCAACAUAUAGAGACGGUCCCUGCCCAACAACGGGCUUCCAGUCUAGAAGGGGGAGACAGACAACAAAACAAAACAUGUGGACAGGUUUCCGAAGGCCAGGUCAAGCUGGGUUUUGCUUCUGAGCUAUACGUGACUUGGCCAUUUUUGCUCAUUAUCCCCGUCCCUUUCAGCUUCCUGGGCUUCUCAACUGCAAUGUUGGGGUCUGAGCCGCCCCCUCCCCAACCCCGACUCCCGAAGACUUUGGUGGGCCUCCCGGUAAAUUUUUCCCAGGCAGUUUCUCGAUUUCCUUUCACCCUUGUGGGGUUCCGAUUUUCCUUCAGUUUUAUUGGAGACUUUGUCGGCAGCCCCUUUCUGUUCCUUCCCUACCGGAAUCCUUGAGGACCAUUCCGUCCCUCCUUGCUUGCCUCUGUGCAGGAGGUGGGUGGGAUGGAAGCCAUUUGGGGGCCCUCACCAGGGCGGAGGCCUGCUCGAUCGGACUGGGAAUCUUGAGGGUGGAUUUGAAUGGGUUUGCUUGCAGGAAUCACAUUGAAGGCUUUUAAAUGUUUUAAUCUAAUCUUGACAGAAAAUUCUGGGAGGCCGGAGUGGUUUAUAUCUCAUAUCUGUCGGUUCUUGUUGGUUGAGGGUCUUUCCUGAAGUUCUUCAAAAACAUUUGUCCCAAAUGAUCUUUUAAUAAAGAGAGUACCCAGCUCGGGCCCUGCUU